AAAAAUCAUACUUCGUGGACCGAUCGAAGAAUGACCCUCCAUUCACCCUUCGAUGAUGAAUCUAUGCCUCGCAGCUCGUGGAAUAUGAGUGGCGACGCAUGUGAAAAAGUCUUUCUGUCCAUGAAAUAGCCAUAAAAAUUGAAGCUUUUGACAGUCUCAUGUGCUUUAUCUGCAGCUACCUUCUCAUGGCCAACCACUCCCAUCCCAAGCCACACUGGCCAUGCAUUGAAUGCUCUGAGGAUGCUCAUCCAGCUCUAAAUUACCCUCACACUACUUAUUCGAACUCUGCAGGUCGAAGCAGUUCUGUGGGAUGAUGGGGUUUAGGAGAAGGGGUCAAUGGCCGCUUCAUCUUCUCUGUUCGGUCGCCAUUGUUGCGGCUUUUGGAAAUUUUGGUGGCGUUUGCUCUGAAGUUAGUGUGAAGUUUGUGAAGACGCCGCGGCGAAUCUCGGCAUUGGACUCUGCUGCAUUUGAGUUUGAGGUUUUGGAGGGAGGGAGUGGAGUUCGUUGCAGCGAUUGUGCAGUCCGCUGUAAGCUGGACAAUGAUAGCUUUUCAGAUUGCAAUUCUGGACGAGUAAAUUACGAUAGCUUACAUGACGGAGAUCACAUAUUUGAGGCUUGCAUUAGUGGAUACGGUGGACUUCGCUGUGAUAGCUAUAACUGGACUGUUGAUACUGUUCCUCCUACAGCAUAUGUUUCAGCUCCAAUGCCUUUUACAAAUGAGUCUAAUGUGUCUGUACAUAUAUUAUUCAGUGAAUCUUGUCCUGGCGGAGGAGGAUUCAGGUGCUUUCCUGACUAUUGUAGUCUUCUUGUUUAUGGAGCUGGCCAUGUUUUUUCUUCUACUCUCAAGGUCCUCCGGGCUGACCUCGAGUUCUCUAUCCACGUGGGCAUUUCUACUGAUGUUCAGUAUGGCCGAUUGGUGCUGGUAAUGGAUAAGAAUUUCUGCACAGAUGCUGCUGGUAACAGCUUUACAAGAACAAUGAAUUCAAGAUUCUUCUUACAUUUCGAUAAAAGACCAGUUUUUCUGAAUAUAAGGACCCGUAUUCCAGACAAAUUACUUCAACUUAAUGGAAAUAUAAGGAGAGUUGAUGCAACUAACAGCCAAAGGGAUCUUAUGAUCUACCUGUACUUUUCAGAACCAGUCCUUAAUUCGUCAGUGCAAGUCUUAAAUGUUCUUCAUGCAAGUAGUGGUAUUCUUCUACCGUUAAAUGGUAGUACCCUUGCAAACCGUCGAUUGGGAUAUAAAGUUACUGGAGUGUCGAGCAUGGAUGUUGUCACCAUAAACUGUGCAACAAAUUCUAUAAUCAGCAGACAAGGAACUCCAGUCUCUGCUUUGGUUCCAUUCACGUUCUUAUAUGAUGUUCAAAGACCUGCCGUUACGCUGGGCACAACUGCAAAUAUGCGAACAAGAGAACGCAAUAUACCCAUUUUUAUUAAGUUUGUGAAACCUGUUUUUGAGUUCAAUUCAUCCUCUUUACUUAUUUCAGGGGGCCAUUUUGUGAGCUUUCGUGAAGUUAGUAAGAGCAUAUAUACUGGAAUAGUACAGGCAGAUGACAGUAUUGUCUCUGUAGAAAUUCCUGAAAAUACAACAGAGGACAUUGCAGGAAAUAAAAACCUUGCAUCAAACCAACUUCGUGUGAGACAUUAUUCUGUACCUAUUAUCUCUGUAAUGGUUUCCACCAUAGCUACUGGUACAUUUGCAGCUACAUCUAUGGCAGCAGCAUUCCUCACAGUUACAACUGCAAGCCUUCUUUCCUCUGGCGUAUUUUCAAGACCAACAACCUAUCUGAUAUCAGAGCCAACUAAAAACCUUGUUAGAAUUGCAUGCCACAUCCAAUUUUUUGCACUGUCGAAGUGGUUAACAGCCAUACUGCCAGUUGAAUAUUAUGAAUUUGCAAGAGGCAUUGAGUGGAGUAUCCCUUACAUUAAUCUUCCUUGGGAAAGUGAGUGCGUAGAUUCAUUUUUGAAAGAUUCAAGUUUUCGAGUUGUGGCGUCCAGUAAAUCGUCAGAAGGGAAUGUGCUGAACUCUUUCAGGCAUAUGGAAAUAGUGAACGACAAACCAGAAAAUGCACUAUAUGGAAAACCACUUACUCCAAUUGAAUACAUGGCAUUUCUUGAGGAUCAAAAUAUGAAGCCUGAAGCUGAAUUUAUAAUGACCCCUCGAAGUACAGAUGUGUGGAAACAUUUUGGCCGGAACAUUUUUUGGUUAGCGGUGAUUGGAGGCGGCUUGAUAGCCCUUCAUGCAAUACUUCUUCUCAUUCUUAGGUCAAGGAGGACAAGGCUAGAAAAAAAGAAAGAAUUUGGAGCUCUUGUGUGCCCAAGAUUUGAAAUAUUCUUAUUACUCCUUGCACUGCCAUCAAUAUGUCAGGCAUCAUCAACCUUAAUCAGAGGUCAAAGCUCCACCGGAAUUACCGUCGGAAUCAUACUGCUUGGUAUAGCCACAUCCAUCCUCAUAUCACUACUUCUGUUCCUGUCAAUCGGAAUCUCCCUUGGUAAGCUACUCCAAUACAAAGAAGUUCAUCAGGAAGGGCAAGAGUUCCAUUGGUACAGCACCAUCAUUCGGAUAUUGCUCGGCCCCGGCAAACAGGGCCAGUGGACUUGGCUGAACCAGUCGAGCUCCAUCAACCUCAUGCGAUACGGACCCCUCUUUGAAGACCUCCGAGGGCCUCCGAAGUACAUGCUAUCCCAGAUCUCUGGCGGCAUUGGGAACUCAAAGCAGGGCGACCCAAUAAUCGCCUCCGAAGAUGAGAAUGAGGACGCCGAAGCUCCUUUCAUUCAAAAGCUCUUUGGCAUCCUACGGAUCUACUACACCUUCCUCGAAUUAGCUAAACGUGCCUUGUUCGGUAUCGUUGCAGGAGUAUUCUACAACAAAAAAUCAUCAAAAGUUCCGACUCUAAUAGUCCUCUCAAUCACCUCUUUCCAGCUAUUCUUCCUCUUACUGAAGAAGCCAUUCAUCAAAAGGAAGGCGCAGCUGGUGGAGAUCAUCUCAGUCAUGAGUGAAGUUGGAGCUCUUGGUUUGUGUCUCUUUUUACUAGAGAAUGAUUUAUCUGAAGCUGCGCAGAAGAGGGUUGGUUACUUCAUGCUUGCUUUGUUUGUUUUCGGGUUUCUGACACAAAUAGUAAAUGAAUGGCAUGCAUUAUACGAGCAAACCAUUCGGCUUAGUUCGGGCGGGAACUCGUUCUUCCAGGGAUUGAAGAUGGCAUUUGCCGGGCUUAUGUUCCUUGUGCUUCCAUCAAAUUUAUUGAAGGAUUGGAGGGAGGAAUUUGGCAUAAAUCAAGAUGAGGGUGGCGGGGUGCCAUUUUCUUCGAGCGGCGAGCUGCCAUGGAGCUCUGGUGAGAGGCCAUGGCUGAGGCAGCUGCGGGAGUUGGCUAAGGCUAGCUUUAGCAAGGAUCAUGGUGGAGUCGUAACUGAUCCUUCGAGUAGUCGGGUUUGGAGCGGUAAGAGAAGCCAGAGCUCAUCGGUGACUUCAUCAUCAACGGAUUUCAAGUUGAAGGGAGAUAUGAAGACCAAGUCCAAGGGAUUGUAUAAAGAUCUUGAGGCCAUAUUUUCAUCAAAAUGAAGUUAGAUUGGAUUCAUUUGGGUAAAUACUAUUUAUGUUUUUUUUUAAAUUAAAUGCCUUUUAUUAUUUUUUCUAUUUCUAUUCUAUUCUUUCUUGUAUUUUGUAUUUUGAGGAGGUUGUAGAAUGGUAGAUUGUCUGCCAUGAGGUAUGCUUUUAUUGAUAAAAUGCAGUAUAUUAUUCUCC